GGAAAGCGUCCUAAUCAAAACAAACAGAACACAAAUUUGACAGAAAAUUUAAAUUUUUGUUUCUUUCAAUAAGCUUCGAGAAAUGAGAUUAAAAUUUUCAAAUUUUAAAAGACUAUGAAGAAUGGACCUCAUUGAAGAAAUCCAUCGCAUCUUGGGAAUUCCUUUAAAGAACAUUAAGCAGUAUGCUUUCGAUGAAGCUAUAUGCUUGAUUCAUAUUUCUUGGCUGAAAUAUCUAAGUUCUGGAACUAAAAUUCCUGGUGAAUGUCUUGCAAAUGCGUUAGCAGAAGACAAUCUUAUAUAUCUAUUUUCUAUAUUAGACACACAAGAGAAUUGUGUUUGGAAAUUUAUUACUAUAAAUUUAAUUAAAAAAAAGGAGGGAAAUGUUUCUAAGUUUCAUAAUUCUGAUGUGUCUUUGCCACAAUCUCUUUCUUAUUCACAACUUAUUCAUUAUGUGACAAAAACAAAUUACAAAAAUUUGUGGGAAGAAGCCUGGAAAAAAUAUCACUUAGCAGAUAGUACUAAGAAAGCAAAACCUAAAGUGACUUAUUCUGAAGCUUUGUGUGAUAUUUGGAAGAAUUUGUUUAAACUAAAUGAAAGAAGGAAAGAAAACAACAUAAUUGUUCAUUCUAAUCCAGUUAUCAAAGAGACAAGCCAAGCUAACUUUUUGCAAGCCUUUUGUGUAGUGGAAACUGCUAAUUAUGCUCUUCUGUUAUGUGAACAAAUCAACUGUUCUUUGAAUGAUAUUUCACUUUUCAGUCCUCACAUACUUGGUGGAUCAACUGUUCAACCUUUAUUUGUAGUCUAUCAAUUGUUACAAGCUUUAUGUUCUGCGCAUGAUUCCGGUGUAUUUUUGGGACCUAUUACCUUGUCUACAAUAAAAGUGAAAGAAAAUAUGUGGAUUAAAGUAGCACCAAAAUUGUUUCUUCCUAUUGAAGAAUCUAAUCAUGCUAAUAGUUCCUUAAAAGUUCAAAGUGACAAAAAGUUUAGUUAUAAAGAUAAAAAAAGUGAAGUUACCUUAACUUCUCUAGUUCAUGGUUGGAUGAGUGGCAAUAUUAGCAACUUUGAUUAUCUAAUGUUUUUAAACAUGCUUGCUGGAAGACAGAUGAAUAAUCCUAAAUGUCAUUAUGUCAUGCCAUGGAUUAUGGAUUUUUCUGUUCCUGAUGGAGGCUGGAGAGAUCUUACAAAAUCAAAGUUUAGAUUAAACAAGGGAGACAAACAGUUAGAUUUAAUCUAUGAAUCGGCUAUUGAAGCUAGUCGUUCAACAUUAUCAAGUAACAGUGUUCUACAAGACACUGCUGUUACAGUUCCACAUCACACUUCAGAUGUUUUAGCUGAUAUUACAUACUAUGUGUAUAAAGCAAGAAGGAUGCCAAAAUCUUUUUUGUGUCAACAUGUGCGUCCAAAAUGGGUACCAGCUGAAUACCCAAUUUCAAUUGAACGUCUUCAAGAAUGGACACCAGAUGAAUGUAUUCCGGAAUUUUUUUCUGAUCCUAUGAUUUUUUAUUCUAUUCAUUCAGACUUAAAUGAUCUUGGUAUUCCAUGGUGGUGUGAUAGUCCAGAAGAUUUUGUGGCAAAGCAUAGAAAUGCUUUAGAAAGUUCUCAUGUCUCUGAACGGCUUCAUCACUGGAUUGAUUUAACUUUUGGUUAUAAACUUUCUGGUUCAGCUGCUGUCAAAGCAAAAAAUGUCUGCUUACCAUUAGUUGAUCAGCAUACAACAGUCCAGAGUUAUGGAAUGGUUCAGUUAUUUACACAUCCUCAUCCCCAUAAGUUGAUCAAACAUUUAUUUUUGAGAACUCCUCGAAUUUUAAAGGUGUCUGAUGCAAAAGAGAGUGGUGAUGAGGAAGACAGCAUGGGCAAGUCCAGCUUUUUUAAAACAUUUAGAUCAAAAUCUUUAAUACUUUCAUCUGAUCACUCAGAAUCUAGACCAGAAAACCAAAUUAUUGUCUUACCCAAGGAUUUCAAUUCAUUAUCUUCUCUUUCCCAUCUUGAAGCUCUGCAUACUUUUCAAUCUUGGUUUGAUGGAGAAUAUCAUCAUUUUAAUGAAUUUAAGGACUAUUCUCAAAUGAAUGAUGUUUCUGUAAAUUAUUUGCGAAGCAAAGAUAUGGUAGUUCUUGGUUGUCUGAUUAGUGAAAUUGCUUUAUCAGCUCAUUGCAAAGUUUUACCUCAAAACUCUUCUCUUAAAACACGAUAUGAUGACCUACUUAAGCUAUUACGAAUAUAUAGACAAGAAAUACCAAGAUCAUUUAUUGACGUCAUCAAAUUACUUUUACAAGUGUCUUCAUCUUUUGAUCCAACCCAUCCUUUGCCUAUCACAGAUUGUGGAUUGCCUUUGCCAUCGCCUCAUCAAUUACUGUUGCACCAUAUUCAUACAAUACCUUUUCCUUCGUAUUUUCCUGUUUUAUACAAUUUUUUACUCCAUCUUAAUAAAUUCUCUGAAGAAAUACAACUUCACUUUGAAAGAAGUCUUUAUGAGCCGGAUGUAAUAAAGGACCUCGAAACAGCUUCGAAGAAAAAGGUUUUAUAUGCUUUGGAUGAAUUGCAGAAGCUUUUGCCUGUAUUAAAUGGAGAAGGCAUUAACCUUGUUACUCCUUACAUCCAAGAAAUGUUUUCUUGCUCUCAUACUGCUUUACUUUCAACAUGGCAUUUAUUUGGUUUUAUUGCUCAAAUUCUUGGACCUUUACACACUUGCAGAAAAUUUCUAAAACUUUUGGUGAAAGUAUUUGAGGCUGAUAAGACUUCACAAAAGCACUUAAAACUAUAUCAUCGAACAUUCAUUUUACAACUCAUUGUUGGUUUAGGUUUACAUAGUUUUUUGAUUCAUUUUACAACCAUUUUAAUUGAAGCUAUUGGAGGCUGCAAAGAUUACACAUAUACAUCUUUAAAAAGCAAUGAGGAGCCCAUACAAAUUGAAGAGGAAUCAAAAACAUUGGAAAAAGGAUGUCUCGAUACAAAUGUAUUAGAUGGAGGUGCAACUGUUGAAAAUAAAGAAAUACUCGAUUCAGAUUUGAGCAAAGAGGUCAACGAGAGAGUUGAAAGGCCUUCAAUGAUGAAUGAAGAAAGAAAUGUAUCUGAUGUUUCAGCUGAAAGCAUGCUGUGGUUAGCUCACAGAUUAGGUCCCGUUCUCACUGCUAGAUAUUUGACUCGGAAUUUACUACGAAUGUUAACUCUAUGUUAUGACAGCUCAGAAAAAAGAGAGAUUCUAGAUAUACCCCCUCAUGAAGCUAAGAUGUUGAGUAUUAGUUGCAAAUGGUUAACUGGUGAUUUAAAUGCCUUUAAAGUGUUGGACUGCUUAUCUAGUAUAGCAUCGCUUUAUGGAGAACAGUUUAUUAUGCUUCAGUAUAUGAAGCAUAUAGCUGAUUUACUCAAUCUAUGCCGCAAGAAAAUCCCUGCAAGUCUUGAAUCUGGAUUGCAUGGGGCAAUGGCCUUAUUGCAGCACAUAAUACCAUUUAUAUCUGAUCAGACACUAAUGGAUCAUUUGCAGGAACUUCUAAUCAAAGAUAUUGUUCAUUUGGUUUUACGUCUUAUAUCAUCACUGAGACUUACUUAUCCUGGGGGAGGAAAAUCUAGAACAAUGGUUACUUUUCGUAUUUUGGAUGUCAUAUACAUCAUUGCCUUGAGAAUUGGAACAGAAAUGACAAAAAAACACUUCUCUAGUAUAUUUCACAAGUUUUUUUCUUCUUUUGAUAAAGUUUAUAAUGAAAAGGGUGAAUUGCAAGAACUUGACGAUAUAGCGGGUCCAUUUAACGAGCAAGCAUUUUUUGAAAUGAGAGACACUUUUUCCUUUGAAAUGGCAUUUUUGGCUUACAUUCCAUUAUGCAAAUUAACUGGCAGGAAUUACAUGGAAAAGACACUGAAAAAUGAUGAUUUUAUAAGACAACUAUGUAUACAGAGCUCUCUUUCUAAAAAUGAUGCUGCUGUUUCAAGUCCUCAGAUUGCUCAUCGAAGGGAUCGCUCAUUAGGUCAAGAUGAAUCUUUUGUUAGUGGAAUAUUUGGGAAGAAUGUUGUUGUAAUAGGAAAUAGACUUGAUGUUAGACUUGGAGACGACAAUCACACCUUGUUUAGUACAUCUCCUAAUGGUGACAAACCUGCCUUAAAAUGUGAUAUGAAUUUAAUCAAACGAAAAAUGGAUGACAGUCAACGCCAUUUAAAAGGAAAUUGGCUUGCAUACUGGGAGCAUGAAACAGGACGAAGUGAUAAAGAUCAACAUUUUGACUUCAAGCAAAUUAAACUUCAGACAUUCAUCGGUCAUACUGGAACUGUCAGAGGUAUUGAGAUAUUAGAUAAUGAAAAUUCCUUCAUUACAUGUAGCAAAGAUAAAACUGUCAAGUUAUGGUCUUUGAGAAGUUGGGGAGAUGGUUCGGCACAAUCUCCUUCUCAAUGGACAUACACUCAUCAUCGAAAAUCAGUUUUUGCCCUUUCCUUUUUGGAUUCUCUUCGUUUAGUUGGUUCUUGUGAUGGCACAGUUCAUAUUUGGGAUCCAUUUUUGGGCUCCUGCAUCAAGCAGCUGGAACCGACUAAAGGAAGUCCUGUUACUGUUCUUGCUGCAAUGCCAUCUCCCAGUAUGUCAUUUUUAGCAGCCACGACUAAUUCAACUGUCAGGUUUUUGGAUGCACGAACAUGCCGAUAUAUGCAUGAGUUUAAAGUUAAUGUUGGAACAACUGGUUUAAUUCGAUCUUUAUCAGUUAGCCCUAAUGGAAAUUGGUUAGCUGUUGGACAUUCAACUGGGAUGCUUUCUGUUCUUGAUGUAAGAACUGGACUUGUAUUCGGAACGUGGCUUGGACACGAAGGCGAAGUGUUACAAUUGAAAGCUUUUAAUAAUACUAGUUUUCUCACCUCUUCUCUUGAUCAGUCUCUAACAGUAUGGAAAUUUGAAGAUGCUCAAGCAAAGUGUCAUUUAAAAGGUCCUAUGGAACCUGUAACUUGUAUUUGCUUUUAUGGAAAUGAGGUAAUAUCAGGAACUUCAGGCAAUAGAAUCGGACUUCAUUCUUCGACAGAUAAAGCAGCUGUAUACAGCAGUAGCAGAUUACGUUCUGAUACUUUCAAAGGUAUUUUGACAACCAUGGCGCUAUUACCUCUAAAUAGACUUCUUCUUCUUGGAACUGACAAUGGAAAUGUGGUUCUGUUAUGUUAGCAAUAAAUAAGUUUUAUCUAAUUUAAAUUUUUACUACUAUUUAUUUGAAAUAAACCUAUUUUGUAUUUAGUGUCA